ACCUCACAUCAAUUACAACAAUGUUUCGGCGAGCCAAGACAACGGCGACAGCCAUGGCCGUGCCCCACUCCGACGGCGAGGUCAGGGUGCACAAGGUGGAGAAGAUCGAGCUCGUCCGUAACCUGGUGACGAAACCGUCCAUGUACUACGGCGGCAAACACAGGGCAGCAGCUUCAUUGUCAACCAUGAGGCGAGGUGCUGCCGACCAUGGGACUGCCGCCGGCGCCAAGGUCUUAAGGCCUGGCGUCGUGUCGAUAGAGGACAUCAACAAGAGGUCUGAGGCCUACAUCAGAGACAGGAAGAAGCUCUUCCAGGGUCUGAAGUAGCGCGCGACUGGGAGAUGAUUUUUCAUUACUGAUUAUGUAUGUUUACAUGUAUGCACCAAUUAUUGGAUAAUAUGGAUGUAGUAGAUAUGUAUGUAUGGAAUUCACCGCGAAUGGAAUGUAAGAUGUACUGCUCUAGCAAACUAUUUUAAUGUGAUUGUCUGUGACCUGGUUUGAGUAUGGAAA